AUGCGCGAUUCUCGGCGCAGGUACAAGGAACUUCAGCGACAGGUUCGCGAAGCUGAAGAAGAGUCCAACCGCAACAUCAACAGUGCGUUGGUGGCACUGGGCCUCGAUGAUAUCUUCGAGGAUGACGAAGACUAUGAGGACCAGCACACUCUGCAGCCGAAUACUCCGGCUGCUGCAAUAUCAGGACCAGCCCAAAUAGAGGCUGGUGACGACGAUAGCGAAGAGCCGCCGAUGGAACAAACUACCAUCGAUACGCACCUCAGUGACCGGCAUUCCGACCAGUCAGCAGAAGCGCAGCAAGUAGAAGCUGCGCUAGUCAGUCCGCAAGACCGGAUUGAUGCGGGUCGUGAACAACGGCUUCGCAAUGCGGGGCUGCUACCCCCAGAGGACGUUCCGCAAGCACCGCGGAACGUAGCGUUCGAUCCUCAAUACGGAUCGAGGGCCACUACGCACCCGCUGGAUUCGGGUGCGCACAUGGGCACGCAGGAGCCUUAUACUGCGCAGAUGUCCGCAUCGCAAGGACCUGCGUAUCGAACAGGCCGCGUGGAUCACACGCGGGAUUGGCGUAACCCACGCCGAUCUAUGGGACUGUCCACCCGUGUUGGAUGGGAACCUCUGACCGCACCCGCGGGUCAGAAUAAUGAUAUGGUAUACACGGGGCCCGCAUAUGGACCUCGGGAUAGUAUAACUAUCAAUCGUCUACUGCAGAUGAUAGACGAAAUGGUGGGCCCUGCGCCCAUCGGGGAUCCCCCUGCGUACCUCAAGGUGGCGAAGCUACCGCCACCCAAGACGUACGACGGGAAGGAUGACCUCGACGCACUCGAAGUAUGGCUACGAGGCCUUCUCGAGUAUUUCAAUACGCUCAGGAUCAUGGGUCCUGAGCUAGAUCGAGAGCGUGUCCGCAUUCUUGGGCAAGCUGUUAGCGGGGAAGCCGCUAACUGGCUGUACAACACGGUACAGUCUCCUUCUAGAGAAAAGAAGGACUGGCUAUUCGAAGAAGUCGUAAUAGCCAUGUAUCGCAGGUUCAUCCACAAGGACCUGAACCUAAGGGCGGAGCAACAAUAUGCUUCGCUGAAGUACAAAGCCAGUGAAGGGGGAGUAGCCGCCUUGUAUGAACGGCUACUCUAUACGUCGGUCCGACUCUGGGAACGACCUACGCCAUACCAGUUGCGUAGUAAAUUCAUCAGCGCGCUGCCCGAUGACAUCGUGCAGGUCAUGACCGUAUUAAAUGGUCUAUCGCCGUACGAGACCGACAUCACGCAGCUAUACCAAGCUGCGUAUGCAAUUGAACAGAGUUCUCAAGCUAUGACUGCGAGGAAACAGGCACGGGAGCUUACCCGUACUGGCAAUUCCUCGAGUACCACCCCGAAAACAUCGGGGGAAGCACGCCCAAACCCAGGCGUGCGGACGACCAUGAAGAAGUCGUCCAGUUCCGCUCCACCACAGCGUAACCCAAACUAUAAAGCUACGUCAAGCUUUAAGAAGCCUUCGAGUGGAAAUCGAAGUGCGAAUGCGCCAAACCAGGCACGUUCGGGACCGCAGUCUGCUUCUGUGGUCAGGGUCGACCGAUCACAGAAGGCUCCUUUGAAGUGCUACAACUGCGGUCAGAUAGGCCACUUUGCGAGCGACCCGAAGUGUCCUAACUUCGGGAAGAAACCAGCGUCAGGACAACGCUUGUUCGCGCAACGAGUUAUUAACGAUAACUCGGACCAGGAAGACGAUCCUGGUGUACCUGAGAAUGACCCAGCUGCUGAUGGAGCUGGGGACGUAGUAGAAGCGCAAGAAGACGCUAUCGAAGGAGUGGACGAGAAGGAUGAUGGGGUAUAUCCGUCAUCGGACAACGACCUGGAGGGAUCUCAAUAUGAUCCUGAAGGCGAAUUGUACCAGUCGUCAGGAGACGACGAUGGGGACUACUUUGGUGCUAUGCGUAUUGCACCAAUAGAAGAGGAAAGCGAACCUCUCCGGUUCCAUACAAUGGCAGUAGCCCCUACGAAGGGCUACAAGCAAGCAUGGCUUCUCAGCGCACGCUUUGCGCUGAGAUAUCCGUAA